AUGUGUGCACGUGGUCCACUAACCGGUGCCGGUGUAUGGAAAGUGCAACAAAAACAAACCGGCUCAUUCUGGUCGACCAAUAGCCGGCCAAAACAAUUUGCUAUUAAACAGGCUGCCAUUAAAUCACCGGAUGAUCCUGAUAAAAAUUAUAGCCCAUUGAACGAAAUUGAUAUAAUGUUGCAAUUAAGCAACAAGGCCAGAAUUGUCCACCUGUACGAUAAUUGGCAGCAUGGUGAUUAUGUGUACAUGAAAUACGAGCUAUGCGAUUUUAGUUUGGCCCAAGUGUUUAAUGUUAAAGGGUUUGAGCUGAGUGGCAGGGACAAGGCAGAAUAG